GUGCGUGCUGAUUCCGGGUCAGAGGUCGGGCGCAGCUUGGGUCAUGGUGCAGCUCAGACCGCGCGCGUCCCGCGCUCCGGUUUCGGCGUCGGCGAUGGUGGACGAGGGCCAGCCCGCCUCGGAGGAGGAGGCGGAGCACGGCCUGUUGCUCGGGCAGCCGAGCAGCGGCGCGGCUGCCGAGCCGCUGGAGGAAGACGAGGAAGGGGACGAUGAGCUUGACGACGAGGCCCCGGAGGAGCUGACUUUCGCCAGCGCUCAGGCGGAAGCGAAAGAAGAGGAGCGGCGAGUUCGCGAGACCGUGCGCAGGGAUAAAACGCUUCUGAAGGAGAAGAGGAAGCGACGCGAGGAGUUGUUCAUCGAACAGAAGAAAAGAAAACUUCUUCCAGAUACUAUUCUAGAGAAGUUAACUACAGCUUCACAAACUAGUGUGAAGAAAUCACCCGCAAAGUUGAAAGAAGUGAAUUUGCAAAAGAAAAAUGAAGAAUGUGAGAAAGGAAGUGACUCAAAGAAAGCUAAAGAAAAAGUGCAAAAAGUACAGACUGUUGGCCAGAAUAAAAGCUACUUGGCUGUAAGGCUGAAAGACCAAGAUUUGAGAGAUUCAAGGCAAGAAGCAGCCAAAGCCUUCAUACAGAAUUGUUUAUAUGGUCCUGGAACCAACAGAACUACUGUAAACAAGUUCCUGUCUCUUGACAACAAGAGGUUACCGGUGAAAAAGGCCGCAGCCCAGUUUUUGAAUAAUGCUUGGGCAUCCCAGAAAAAACAAAAUGCCAAGAGGUUUAAAAGACGUUGGAUGGUCAUAAAGAUGAAAACUUCUAAGAAGUAAAUCAAAGCUAAAUGAAGAACGAGGACUUUGUCAAUUGACAUUACCAAAGAAAACGGCACCAGGUUUUCGGUACAAGUUUCACUGAUGGAUUCUUCCCCUUCUGGGAACAGGACCCAACAGAGGCUGCCGAAUCCUUUCCACGGCAUGUUGGUGAAUGUCAUUUGGGUUGGUAAGGGAGCAGGUGGUUAUGGUGACCACGAGAGACAACUGAGCCAAACGACCCUAUAAUCUGAGGAGUUAAUUUACAAUUGAUAGGAUAAACAUCUGUAAAAAUCACCAUUAAAUGGAAUUUUCAGGGUCCUACCUACCAGACAUUUGUCAGACAGCUGUAGUACAAAUGUAACCAUCAGCAAAAUUCAUUCUUUGCCAGAAAUGAAAAACUGGACUAAUGAUAAAAGUGACCAAACCCAUAGAAGCUGAUAACUUUUCCUUGUGUGCAGGUGUCCAAAUUUUAAUUUAAGGCAGAUUCCCAGUUAGUAAAAUUACUAAUCAGUCCUUGUAGGCACAGCUGACAGCAGGGCAAGAACAGUGAUCCAGGGCUGGUUAAGGUUCCAUGUGGUUGGUUCUGAGGCUGCACAUAGCGGUGGGAGAAAGAGAAGUUCCGGAAGGGAUGAGGCAGAAAUAAAGGGAGCAGGUUCCGGACUUAAGGUGUAAGGGGAAGUAACACAGGAUGAAGAAUAUUAGAAUACAGAUAACGCAAGAAAAGAUGCACACGCUGGUGAAAAGUGGUCUGUGGGUUAAGAUUAUUCAAGUACUAGCUCUUCUCUGGCAAGAUGCUCUUCAGCUAAAUUCUGAUGGUGAUACAUUUUUUGGUCAACUC